AUGGGAUUAUGGUAUAAACGAGGCUCAAUAAUAAUAGUCAGAACGUUGGCACGUGGACGAGGAGGAAAAAUCAAUGCAGAAAUGCCUGAUGAGACCAUAUGUGUUGAUAUCACGAAGACAGAUACCAUUGAAAAGCUACAAAAAUCGUAUCGGUUUUACGAUCGCUUAUUUCCACAAAAACUACAUACACUUCUUCAUGCAAAAUUUGCUGACGAUAAACUUAAUGGGAUAUUACAUGGAAGUAAUUGCACUUGCAAUUCGAUUCAUUCGGCGGAAUUGGCUUUUGCUCUAAGGCUAUGUAUUCGCGAAGUUAAUCGAACUCUCUUAGGAAUUGAGUUUGAAAAAAAGGCUGGAUAUGUUCUACAUCUAAACGGUUUUGAUGGAAGUGGCCUCAAUCAUGAUUGUGAAGCUCUACCUGCUUUCGUCUUAUCUGUUAAUCAUGGCAAGAAUUAUGUAUCUUGGACAUGGAAUUUGAAAACAGCAGGUCUAGAAGGUGCCAAGUACAACGCACCUUUACCUACAAAAGCUUUGUGGUCAGCACCCGCUCAGUUCAAAGAAGGUGAAGAAGAGCAAUAG